GUUAAGUGCUUGAUUGAUUUCGUUUGUGCAUUGAAUGAUCCCAUUCCCAUACAGUUUUCUCAACACCGUGUAUGAAUAUACGCGUUCACAUGAAUGAGCUGCCUGUUGUUAUAAUGGUGUAGUUUCUCAAAUGAUAAUGAACAAUCUUUUUGUGCUAAAGAGUUACGAAAAUCAAUAUAAUUGCUAUUUUUACUCGGAGGACGAAGAUGAGUCGGAGUGUCAUUUUGAAGCAGGAAGACUUAUCUACUAGUUUGCUCUGCUCGAUUUUCUUGUUCAUAGCGCGAGCUCUCCGAAGUAGCAAGCGGUGCUCUGGUAUACUCGAUGUCAAGACCAUCCCAACAAUUCCAAACUAAUGGGUCUAAUUCUUUUCCACCGUCCCCUUACUCGUUGGUCUCGCUUCCGCCCAGGUGUGUCGUUCUCGUGGGAUUUUCGACAAGACGCAAGCAACGCGCGCCACGGGUUUUCUCUCACAAUAUAGCUAGUUGUUAGAUAUCGCGAAAACCUUGGGUCUUCUUUGCCAUGCUCUAGCCCCUCGUGUUUGCCUUGGCUGUUGCCUGUUUUGUUCCACCUCGCACUCGCUGCUCCCACGGCUUUGUAUGCCUUCGCCUUCCUUACCUCCGCUUCCUUGCCUCCGCCUUCUUGCUCCCACCUUCCUGCCCCCACCUCCCUACCCCCGCGUCCAUGCCCCCACCUCCCUACCCCCGCGUCCAUGCCCCCGCGUCCCUGCUCCCGCGUCCCUGUCCCCCUCUCUUUGACUCCAUAUCCUUGCCCACAUAUCCUUGCCGACACGUCCUGGCCUACACAUCCUUGACUCCCCACCUUCGCCCUUGCGUUUUCCCCUCCCCUAUUUCUUUGACGUCUUCUAGUUAAGAUUGGACACGUACUAGGUAAGACAGGGCGCAU